CACUACUAAAUUUAAUUUUCUCUCUCUAUAUUUAUAUAUAUCUAUAUACUGUAUGUAUACAUAUAUGGGGGAAGGUGGUGAGAUUCCGGAGUAUUUUAUGUGUCCGAUCUCGCUUCAAAUCAUGAAGGAUCCCGUCACGGCGGCCUCCGGCAUAACCUACGACAGGGACAGCAUCGAGAAAUGGUUGUCCGAUGGCCGGAGCACUAUGUGUCCGGUGACGAAGCAGCCGUUGCCUAGAGGCGCGGCGGAGUUAACGCCCAAUCACACUCUCCAGCGCCUCAUUCAGUCGUGGUCCGCCGGCGGUGUCCGCCGGAUUCCGCCGCCUAAUCCUCCUAUAACCAAGGCUUACGUCGUUAACCUCGUCCGCGCCCUCUCCGUUCCGAUCCUCCGCUUGAAAGCGCUGCAGAAGCUGGAUAGGUUGGCGGCGGCGGCGGAGGAGAGCGAGAGGAAUAGGAAGUUCAUGGCGGAGGCCGGCGUGGUUAAGGAGAUGUUGAAGUUUGUGGUUGAUUGUUACAAAUACGGCAAAACGGCCGGACUGGAAGAAGCUCUCAACGUUCUAUAUCUAAUGCGGAGCCAAUUUGUUUCGUUUGAAAGUGAUGAGAUUCUGGACUCGAUUUUGUGGAUUUUGGAUAGUUACGAUGCCGGCGGAAAUUGCGGAGAUAUAAAACGGCAUGCAUUGUGCGUGUUGAGAACGAUCGUGGCGAGAGCGGAUUCCGAUUCCGGUUCCGCCGCCCUAGAGCGGCUAAAACCGGAUCUCCUGAAGAAACUGGUGAGCAGUCUAAGGGAUGAAAAAAACGAGAUCAAUCUGCAAGGAAUAAACGCCGCCUUGCAAGUCAUAUCCGCCGCCUGUCAAUGGGGGAGAAACCGAGUCGCCUUGAUCGAAUCCGAGGCGGUGUUCGAGCUCAUCGAGGUGGAGAUCAACAACUUCCGGGAAAAAAAAACAACCGAGCUAGUACUCGGAAUCUUAUCCCAGCUGUGCUGCUGCGCGGACGGGAGAGCGCAGCUGCUGAGCCACGCGGCGGGGAUAGCGGUUGUGAGCAACGCGAUACUGAAGGUGUCGGCGAGGGCGGACGAUGAGGCGCUGGCGGUGCUGUCGUCGAUAUCUAGGUUUUCGGCGACGAGUAGAGUGAUUGGGGAGAUGCUGAGGGUGGGGACGGUGGCGAAGCUUUGCAUGGUGCUUCAGGCCAACUGUGCAUCUUACUUGAAGGAUAAAGCAAGAGAGAUUCUGCGAUCCCAUUCUGAUAUUUGGAAGGAUUCUCCUUGUGUUGAUGAAAUGGUUGCUUCCUUCACAAGGUGUGCUACCACCUGACCAUCAUAUCAUCCCAUUUCAAUCCUAGCUAGUUUCCAUCUUUUCAAAUCAAAACACAUGUACUCACACACCCAAAUCGUGUGUGUAUAUAUACACUGUAUAUACAAAUUAUUUGUGCAUUAUAUAAGGAACAAGUUGAUAUGUUUUCA